AACUAACUUGUUGCUAUGGUUUCCUUUCCUUGUCUCUCACUUAGGCGAAACCUUACCAAGCUGUCUCUGAUCUUCAGUCACAUGCUAGCGGAGUUAAAAGCCAUCUUCCCCAAUGGCCUAUUUCAGGGUGACAACUUCAGGAUUACCAAAGCUGAUGCUGCUGAAUUCUGGAGAAGGUCAUUCGGGGACAAGACCAUAGUGCCAUGGAGGACAUUUCGGCAGGCUCUUCAUGAGUUUCACCCUAUUAGCUCAGGUCUGGAGGCCAUGGCGCUCAAAUCCACUAUUGACCUCACCUGUAACGACUACAUCUCCGUCUUCGAGUUUGACAUCUUUACAAGGCUCUUUCAGCCAUGGUCAUCUCUUCUAAGGAACUGGAACAGCCUGGCUGUUACACACCCUGGUUAUAUGGCCUUCUUAACCUACGAUGAGGUGAAGGCUCGACUGCACAGGUUCAUCCACAAACCUGGCAGCUAUAUCUUCAGGCUGAGCUGCACUCGGCUGGGCCAGUGGGCAAUUGGCUAUGUGACAGCUGAUGGGAACAUCCUGCAGACCAUCCCGCAUAACAAACCACUCUUCCAAGCACUCAUUGAUGGAUACAGAGAGGGAUUCUAUCUUUUCCCAGAUGGCCGUGCACAGAACCCAGACCUGACAGGGUUGUGUGAACCGUCUCCACAGGACCACAUCAAAGUUACUCAGGAGCAGUACGAGCUCUACUGUGAGAUGGGCUCUACUUUCCAGCUUUGUAAGAUCUGUGCAGAGAACGACAAGGAUGUGAAGAUCGAGCCGUGCAGACACCUGAUGUGCACCUCGUGUCUGACCGCCUGGCAGGAAUCGGAGGGUCAGGGCUGCCCGUUUUGCCGAUGUGAGAUUAAAGGCACGGAGCCUAUUGUAGUGGACCCCUUUCAUCCGAAGGCCAGUGGGGCUUCCUUUGCUGGUUUCCAGGGGUCGAGCAGAGCAGAAGCCGCAGGCAACGAAGAGGAAGAGGAUGAUCGGCUGGAAGACCAGCAACUUGUCAUGAGCAGGCUGGCCUGCACCAAAGUGGAGCGCCCCCCGUCUCCAGUUUCUCAGCUGCCUCCGGUGCCUCCGCGACUGGACCUCUUACAGCAGAGGUCCUCCACCUCCCAUAGUGCACUGAGUCAGGGAGCCACAGCCAAAAUGGUAGCCACACACAGGGACAAGCCUCUACCUCUGCCUCCAGCACUGAGAGAGCUGCCCCCUCCUCCCCCACCGGAGCGCCCCUCCCUGGUCGGCCAGGAAUCCAGACUCCAAAGGAGACCCCUCCCCUCCACCCCGGACCAGCCAGCCUGGGCAGCCAACUACAUGGUGCCACGCCCUGCAACGAAGGCCCCGUCGUCCAUCCCUCAGAGCAACGGAGCCGGCGCAGAGGGGAGCAAACCGCAGACGGCGAUCAAUCCUGUGUACUGCCUGGCUGCGAGGUCGUUGCCAGGGUCAGCGGUGUCCAGCGGGGAGAAGCUGUCGUCAGACGGUGAAGAUAACGAGUACAUGAGUCCCACAUCCCUUCCAGCUUCCGGUGCCCCGUGGGUAAUAACAGGCUCCUUGGUGCCCCCACCACCAACCCAGGCAAACAACCACAAUGACACCAGUGAGGUGGGGGACAGUGACUCUGAGGACCCCCAGGUUUACGAAUCCAUGUGUAACAUCCAGGCCCAGGCCGGCUCGUCGGAGACGACACAGAACUCUGAGCUGGACCAUCCUCAGCAUUUAGCUGUUCCGCAGGACAAAAAGGAGGAGGCCAGUGUGGAGGAUGUUUACGAGUAUGACUUUCCCAGACCAGUGGUCCCUCCUGCCCCCGCCAGAAGAGCCCUGUCAGAUAUCAGCGGCCCUUCUGCAGCCUUCAGCAAUCUCAACAUAGACUCUGCAGUAGAUCCCAGUAUGUUUGUAGCAGGCGGCGACCCUGAACGUCCCCCAAAACCUCUCCCGCGGCGAGCCAACUCUGACCGACGGCCUCGUCCGUUAAACCGCGAGCCACCUCCGCCACCGCCAGACCUCCCUGGUCCCUCCUCAUCUGCCUCCCCUGUUCCACCUCCGACUAUUCCUCCUUCAGGUCCUGGAAGCUUGGCCCUAAACGGGGAGAUUGAAUGCCUCAUAUCCCAAGGCUACUCCAUCCAGGACAUCCAGAAGGCCCUGAUGAUCGCUCAGAACAACCUCGAGACGGCCAAGAACAUCCUGCGCGAGUUUGUCUCCAUCCCUUCCACGGCGCACAUCGCCACAUAGUCACUUUGCGCAGGCUCAUCCUCUGUCUCGUCUCUCUCCACUCUGUGCCAUUAUCAUUUACCAAGCACUUUCCUGCAGGGCCACAAGUACUUUCAGAAGGCUUUACUCUGAGGGAUGAUGCUGCGUUCAUGUUAUAUCUCAUCCAAAGUCAUUUGUAGUGGGAAAACAGCAACGUGGGGUUGGGGGGGGGGGGGCUAUUGUUAAAGACGAUGUCAAGUGGCUGAAAUUACAGUCUCAGAAUCUCUUUUACUUGUAAUAUUCAUUUGGAGAUUGAGGGUUUUGGCCUUAAACGUGAGAGGUCAACUGUAAGUCCGAUAUGACCUGAACACAGCAUAAAUGGAGACUCGGAGCCUUUAAAAUGGGCUUGCUGUGGCCAAGCUGUGACCCUGCUGUGAUUCGCUGAGUUAGUUACAUGCUGCGGCAGUGUCCCCCCUCAGUCUGCGUGCACGCUCUCAUUAAGCUAAGUGUUAAAACCGUGCAGACUUUGUUCAGCGAAGGGACCCCGCACAUAGUCGUGUCCGACUGGGCGUCCCACUGCCUGCAGCCGCUCGGUCUGGUGCUUUUACUGGCUUCUUUGCAAAUCGUGGCGUACGAAUAUGUAGCGAUACGGUCCGAAACUGGUGAUUAACUGUGUGGCAGUCGUGCUCGUGCUGAUGAAUGUGAACGUGUAGUCGCGGUGCAGUAUUGCAGGGCUUCGAUGUCGUACGCGUCGCUGUGGCUCGCUCCGUUUUCGAUGGUAUCUGACGAGGUGAACGCAAUUCAGUUGCCGUCUGUCAGCUCCAGGUUCGGUGAUAGUUCUAUGAUGAAAUAACAAAUUUAAUGUUUAAGUACUCUCAUGGUGUGUUGUGGUGUGCGUAGUAUUAACAAUGGCUGAGUUUGAGUUCUUUUUAAUUCCAUCGUUUCCUGCCACCGAUAGAGGUGGCCCGACACUGAAGGCUGGUUUAUUUAGUCGAAAGCUUCUCUCUACGCUCGUAGUUUCUUAGUUAAUAACCGAAAGAAGCUCUUAGAAGAGCUUCACUCAGUUCACUGGGAGAUCACAUCUAACUCUAAAGCCUAAAGCAAAAAACAAAAAACUGAAAGUGGGGUGAAGUCACGUGGACUCAGGUACUCAGUAAUAAGCCAGGUUAUAUGUAACGAGCAGAUGCUAAAGGACACGCUCCCUCCAUCCUCACAGACAUUCCAUAGAGUGGAUUUUCUUUAUAUUUUUAGGUUUCCUGCAGCAUAUUUACAUACAGCUUCCAUAGUUAAGAUAUUAAAAUCUGUUUUCUGAUUCUUCGAUGAGCUCAUUUACGUCCUCUAACUUUAAACUCUGGAUAUGACUCUAAUGUAGCUGCGGUAAUUCCAUCUGUCCACAGUCCUGCAUGACCAUUUUGUGGAUUUCAGUCACUCUGCAGUUCAUAAAACUCUUCAUGGGAGGAAUGUUGGGGAAAGGCAACAAAAAUCUCAGGAUUUUAUUAAUCCAUCAAAGCAAUUUACAACACAUUACAGCUGUCACAAAUGCCAACAAAUUUCUAAAACGUAUGUUUUUUUUCUAAAACAUGUUUUAGAAAUUUGUAAAAACUUGUUUAAAACAAAAAAAUUGUAUUAUUAGUUAUAAUGUUAAUAAUGAACAGAAUUCAUGUUUUUAAUCCCGAUAUUUGAGCCAGCAAAGAAGUCAAAAAUUAAAAUUAAUCAGGCAUAGCAGUGAGCCAGUAAAAACGUCCUGUGCAAGAAUGCAAGAAAAUAAGUAUAAUGUGGCAUCUUAAUUAAAAAAAAAAAUUUCCUUACCAUUUAAAAAAAACAUUUUUGUAUUUAAACCAAAUUCAUGGGCAACAAAAUUAAUUAUAUUGAAGCAUGAAAUUUCAAUCAAAUAGCUUGUUUAUACUGGUGGAUUAACUGGUAUGGAGAUGAUUUCGGUAAAUACUAACACUUCAUUUAGAGCAGCUGGGGCACAAACCUUCCAUUGGAUGGUGGUCUGAUAAAUGUGUUGUAUAGCCAGCUUCUUGAUGCGCAAGUGGUAACACUAAACACGCUGCUGAUCACUAGUUUCAAACUUAGAAAGCCAUUUUUUUGGGAGGCUGAUUGGCUAAUUUGAGCUAUUUGCAGAUAUAUUUCACUCUUGGUUGGUACUAUAUAACUGCUACUAAAUGAAAAUUAAAAAGAAAAGACUAGAUGAGCGAAACAUCCUUCAAAGAUUUAUCCAUGAUGUUUCGUAGUUUUCCACCAGAGGGCACUCUGUAACUUCCCUGUUGGCAACAGGAGUAAAUCCAUGACAUGUAUUGUCUGUAUUUGUGUGUAUAGACUCAGAAAUAACUAUGCAUAACAAAUUUGUUUAUUUUGGCUGCUGAAAGAAAAACAAAAACUGUUGAUAUCAGAUUUUUAAAUCACUAAAUAUCAGUUCUGUUUUAUCCUAUAUGGGUCGGGCUCUAAAUAUAUCUAAAUUAUACAAAUUAAUUUUACAAUCAUGCCCAGAAUAAAUUGGCUUGAAAUUGUCGCAAAACCUUUGAACAGGGACUCGUAGACUCUGACUUCUAUUUUAACUUUGGUACAAAAAACAAAGAAAUCAACAUCUGCUCCAAUUUUACGAGCACGUUAACUUCUUCAUGUGAAAUUUCAAGCACGCGUGCUCUUCGUCACACCAAAACUCUGGUACCACCACUAAGGAUGAACUUAGGUUGUAAUAAUUGUAGUGUUGCAAUCCAUUACAAAUACCAGCUUUCCUGUAAAAUGUCUGAGUUGACGAUACGGGACUUUCUCCAAAUUCCUGCUGUGACCAUGUGCAGCUUCGCUGAUUCAUGUACGCUGCUCUGUAGUUUUACUCCCCUUUUCUCCUCUUUAAAAGCUGCUAAGAAGUAACCAUCUGGUGAGAUCAACACUCUUCCCAUACAUACUUUUAUGAACUGCUGCUUUUCAGUGCACAGAGACCUUAGGUCCUUAACGCGCCAAUAAAAUAUCCAAAUUGACAUGUAAAAAGCCCUUUAAAGGUUUGGAUUUCUCUCAGGUUAUAUUUUCUUGUCAAUGGACCAAAAAAUUUAGUAGCUGCCACUUCCAGGCACCACACCUAUACUGUCUGAGAUGAGCCCAUCGGUGGUAUUCAGCGUCAUGCCUGCAUGAGGGCUGUUGGUUUGUCUACUUAAGAAAUUAAAGAAAGAUUCAGAUUGAAGACAUUAAAGGAGAACAGUGGUCUGAUCUGAAUCCAAACACAACACAAAAAGAGUCGCAACAUCUGAAACAUUUAUGUUGUUCUGCAUGAAUAUUAUUUAAACCCUAGGCUGAUUUUUGUUGUUGUUGUUCUUACAAGUCCUAAAGGUAGAUAACAAGAACCCAGUUUAAUCAAAUGAGCCUGACUGUGAAAGGAAGCUCACUGUCAGCUGGUCACCUUUUCAUUCCUCCGCAGCGACAUGUACAGUAAACGUGCCUUCUGUCCAUCACAACUUGCACAUGCCAGCAGGCAAGCCAAAAUAACCCCUCCACAUUCACCAUUUAAAUGUGUUGGAAACUACUGCAGGUUGUUUUCAGGUCAAGCGCUCUCUUGAUUUCGCCAUGGUAACACUAUAUCAGAACUACAGUUUAUGCAAAUUUACCUUUUUAGAUUUAAAAAAAAUUAACUGACUUAAAAGUGUUUCAGAAUAGAGAGAGCUCCACUUUUUACAGUCAAAAACAAACAAACAAACAAACUUUACCCCUGAUUUGGGUGAAAGGGCAAAGGGUGAUUGACUUAUAUUAAACAUGAACUUUAUCUGAAAAAUGUUUCUCGUAAUUAUCGGACACUAAGAUCCCCCCCACCCCCUCUUUUUUUUUUCUUUUUUCCCCCAAUAAAUGUGCUGCUGGAUUUGGAGACAGUGCAAAAACCUAAUACUUCAAACGGAACUAAAUGAAAAGAAAUGUUACUAAAUUUCUAAAUGUAAUCUGAUGCUAAGGGGGAGGGAAAAAAACAGUAAAUCCUGUUAAGAACCCAGAAUACCCUGGAGUUGUCCUGCUGUUUCCUGGCUGUCUGUGAUGCCACAAAAAUGUUGCAGCUUUAAUCGCCCCAAACCAAAAGAAUCUUAAAACGUGUGCGUGCGCUGCUCCUCCUCCUCCUCAUCUUCCUCGAGUCGCCCCAGAACAGAGACCACGAAUGUGUCUUCAGUCCCCUCAGCUUUGUUUUCACUCAGUCUUGGCGUUUUGUACCAAGGCAACUAACUAAAUGGCACUAACUCCAGGACUGUUGUAGUCCUGACGUGUGAUGACGCACUCAAGGCUCAUUGUCCUGCUGAAUCACUGCCAGAGGCUCCUCCGUCUCACACGCUUUCUCUCAGUGUCGCCGGUAACCUCGGCCGGUGUGUUGGUUCUGAUCCGCUGAUUAACAAGGAGUGUGUGCGUGCGCUUUAUUCAUGUUAACUAGCCUUCUCGACAGGAACUUGCCUACUAAAAAAAACUGUCUUCAUUGCUUUAUUAUUGUCUAUGUAGAUAUUUUAUUUAUUGUGUUUUUAAUAUCCUCGGCAUUCAUUGUGUUACAAUGUUUUCAUGCCUAAGCCAUUAAGAUUUUUAAUUAAACUGUAUUUUCUUUAA